UGACUAUUUAUACCAAACUCCUCAUUGCCACUUUGUGUCCCUGGGAGAGCCAGAACAACAGGUUAAGGCAGAGAAGUGUAUAGAAGAGUGUGGGCAUUUCUGUUGGCAGGAUGGUACGAUCGAGUGUGCGUUACAGCAGUAGUAUGCCAAUGGUCAAGCAGGUUUUCUCAGAAAGCAGUGGUUUUGUCAGACCUUUCAGGGAGAUUCCUGGACUGUGGAAGAAUGGAGUUGCCAACUUGUACAAUUUCUGGAAGAUGGAUGGUUUCAAAAACCUUCAUUACAUCAUGUUACAGAACUUUAACACAUUUGGACCCAUUUACAGAGAGAAAAUAGGCUACUACGACAGUGUAAACAUCAUCAACCCUGAGGAUGCUGCCAUUCUGUUCAAAGCAGAGGGUCAUUACCCGAAAAGGCUGAAGGUCGAACCAUGGAAUGCGUACAGAGAGUACAGGAAUCAGAAGUGUGGAGUAUUACUAAAGGAUGGAGAGGACUGGAGAUCAAACCGUGUGAUUCUCAACAAGGAAGUGAUUUCGCCAAAAAUGUUGGAAAACUUUGUGCCUUUGCUGGAUGAAGUGGGACAAGAUUUUGUGACCAGAGUUCACAAGAAGAUACAGAGAGGUGGUCAAAACAAAUGGACCACUGACCUUUCUCAAGAACUGUUUAAAUUUGCACUAGAAUCGGUGAGUUCUGUGCUGUAUGGCGAACGCCUGGGUUUGCUGCAGGACUACAUCGACCCCGAAGCCCAACAUUUCAUCGACUGCAUCACUUGUAUGUUCAAAACUACCUCACCCAUGUUGUACAUACCACCCAGUCUGCUGAGACGGAUUGGGUCAAAAGUGUGGAAGGACCAUGUGGAUGCUUGGGAUGGGAUCUUCAAACACGCGGACCGUUGUAUCCAAAACAUCUACAGGCAGUUACGUCAGGAUACGGGCGUGGUGAAGAAAUACCCAGGAGUCCUGGCUAGUCUUCUCAUGCUGGACAAGCUGUCCACUGAAGACAUCAAGGCUAGUGUCACGGAGCUAAUGGCUGGUGGAGUAGAUACAACAUCUAUAACGCUGCUGUGGACCUUGUAUGAACUGGCUAAGCACCCGGCCAUUCAGGAGGAUCUGAGGGCAGAAAUUGCUGCAGCAAGGGCUGAAAGUCAGGGAGACAUGCUAGAGAUGCUCAAGAGAAUACCUUUGGUCAAAGGAGCCUUAAAGGAAACACUCAGGUUACACCCAGUUGCUGUGAGCUUGCAAAGAUACACAGCAGAAGACAUCAUCAUUCAAAACUACCACAUACCAGCCGGGACUUUAGUCCAGUUAGGACUCUAUGCAAUGGGAAGAGACCCCAAAGUGUUUCCCCGUCCAGAGCAGUAUCAGCCGUCUCGCUGGCUGAAGACACAGGUACACUACUUCAGAAGUCUGGGCUUCGGCUUUGGUCCUCGCCAGUGUUUAGGACGCAGAAUAGCUGAGGCGGAGAUGCAACUCUUCCUCAUUCAUAUGCUUGAGAACUUCAGGGUGGAGAAACAGCGUCAUGUGGACGUUCAGAGCACCUUUGAGCUCAUCCUCUUACCUGACAAGCCCAUCCUUUUGACUCUUAAACCAUUACAAACCAGUCAGUAACUGUGUGUAUAUUUAGGUGCCAAACAGUAGUA